AUGUGUUAUCCCAAGGUGGCUGGUGGAUGGAAUAUUAUCAACUUGGAGCUCUGGAACAAAGCUGCAAUAUGUAAGCAACUUUGGAAUGUUUUGAAAAAGAAAGAUAAAAUUUGGGUAAGAUGGAUACAUGGAUAUUAUAUGAAACAGCAGGAUUGGAAAACUAUGCCGAUUCCAUCUCAAGCGGCUUGGGUGGUGAAGAAAAUUUUGGGAGCCAGAGACUAUAUGGCUACACUUCCUGACGGUGACACUCUGAUGGAGCAAGACAACUUUUCCAUCAAAAAGCUCUAUAUAGCAUUGAGAGGCACGCCGGAGAAAAGGAACUGGCAUCAUAUGAUCAGUAAAAGCAUAGCUGCGCCAAAGUGUCUCUUCAUCUUAUGGUUAGCUAUUAUGAAGAGGAUGACAACAUGUGAUAGGCUGCAGAAAUUUGGUAUUCAAUGUGACCAAACUUGUUGUUUGUGUUCACAAGGGAUUGAAUCACUUAAUCACUUGUUUUUCUUGUGUCCCUAUUCUGCCAAUGUGUGGGAUAAGCUUGCUAUGUGGUGUGGUGUUCAAAGGAAAGCUGGAGCUUGGGAUGAUGAAGUGGAGUAUUUAGAAAGACAAGGAGCUUCGAAGACGGGGAAGCAGCUUAUGUAUAGACUGUUGGUGGCAACAAUUGUCUAUCACAUAUGGAGAGAAAGGAAUGAACGAAGAUUUAACAGCAAGGCUUCCCAUGAAGAGAGUGUAGUUAGACAAUGUAAAUUGAUGAUGGUGGUGAGAGGAGAAUUGAACCCUAAAGUUCACAAAAUGUUUGUGAACUAA